AAAGAGAUGCAGCAAGUAAUCUAUGAGUUCUAUUUUGGCAAAGAGGAAAUUCAAAAGAAUACGUACAAUUUGAAUCAAUACGUACAAAUGCUAUCUGAUAUGGUCUUCUUAUAUCCGUUCUAUGACUCAAUGGAACUACAUAAGAGCACAAAGACGGCUUGCUACUAUUCAAAUUUCGACUUAAACUUGAAUUUCGCCAAAAUAGAAAGAGGUCUUCAAAUGGUUCAAGGACUUGGUCAUAUGGAGGAGAUGCCGUACUUGUUUCAUUCUUACGCGUAUCAAAAAUUGUACGAAAAUAUUGAAAAAAAUCCAAAUGAUCAUCGAAAUAUACAAACCAAAGCAGCAAUGCGGUUUGUGCCAAAAUAUUUUAUGGAUUUUGCCAAAUCAGGUCAAACAAAAAGAUCUGAACUGAAUUAUAACAAGUCGGUUACUUGCACGGAGCUAACGAAUGAUGGUUUAAAAUCAAUUAAUAACCCAAGAAAAGAUGCAAUGAACAUGUUGAACGAUGUGUAUGAUCGUGUCAAACCAUGGAUCGUUAAUCAAUUUUAA